AUGAAGUGUAAGAAAUGUGGUAAUGAUAUGGACAUUGAUACAGAAACAUUAAUGUUCAAGUGCAGAAGGCGGUACUACAAAAAUGUACACAAGAAACGAGUAGCAGUACGUUGUUUUGUUGACGUAAGUGCAAAGACUGGUACUUGGUUCUCCAACAGUAAUCUUGACGUGGGUACAAUAUGCAGAUUAGUUGCAUGUUUUCUGAUGUUGCAACACCCACGUCAAGAUCGAACGCAAGUAGAAACAGGCAUUGUAUCGCCGACCACGAUUGUUGACUGGUUCAACUUUUGCCGAGAGGUCUGUGUGUUCUGGGCUGAGAAAAAUAGUGAAAAGCUUGGUGGCCCAGGACACACAGUAGAAAUCGAUGAAGCAAAGAUUGGAAAACGGAAAUACAAUCGUGGUCGCCUUGUAAAAGGUCAAUGGAUCUUCGGAGGAUACGAGCAGGGGUCGAAGAAGAUAUUCAUAGUACCAGUGGAGGAUCGUACGGAAAAGACGCUCUUGGCAAUUAUAAAGGAAUGGAUACUGCCAGGGACAACUAUUGUGUCAGAUUGUUGGAAGUCCUACGAUUGUUUAAACAAUGAGGGCUUCCAACACCUGACAGUAAACCAUUCCUAUAAUUUCGUCGAUCCUGACACUGAACGGAUUGAAAUCUUCUUCGACAUAAUUGCGGAAAUGUAUCCUCCGAUAUCCACGUUCAAUGACCAGCCAGUAGCAGCUGACGAUGCAGAACCAAGUACCAGUACAGCUACAUAA